AUGAGAAUUAUAGUGUUUAAUUUUUAAGAAUAAAUAAAAAUAAUUAUUGUGUGUGUGAUGUUGACAGAAAGCUUAUAAAUAAAUUCAGGACAUUCUAGUAUGAUCCAUGAUAUUAAAUACGAUUACUAUGGUGAUAAAUUAGCAAGUUGCGGAAGUGAUGGAUAUAUUAAUGUCUAUGACGUGUCAAAAAAACAUUAAGUUGCUUAAAUAAAGACUCGAGAUUCUCCAUUAUUUUCAUUAUCUUGGUCACAUCCUAGGUUUGGCAACGUAUUAGCUGCAUCAUCAUACGAUGGAGAAAUUUCUAUUUUUAAGGAAUAAAAGGAAUGGAAUAAAGUGGCAACCUAUUAGAAUGAAGGCAGUGUCAAUUGUGUUCAAUUUAUGCCUAGAGAAUUAUUUUUGGCAUGUGGUACUUCAGAUGGAUUUGUAAUUUUAUUGGAUAAUAACAAAAAUUGGGAUGUUGAUUAGAAAUGGUAAGCACAUGAAUCAAUAAUACAUGGAUUAUGUUGGAAUUAAGAUGGUUCAUUAUUAGCAACCUGCAGUGCUGAUAAAUUGAUUAAAGUCUGGGAAUUUACUAUCAAUAACAAGCCAUAAUUGAAAUACACAAUUCAAUCUCAUUUGGACGUAGUGAAGGAUGUUUAAUUCCAUCCUUUAGAAAACAACAUCCUUGUAUCAGGAGGAGAUGAUGGGAAACUUAGAAUUCAUAGAUUAGAUGAGGAUGCACUAGAAAGUCAAGUUAUUGAUUUUCACAUGACCAUUUGGAGAAUAUCAUUCAAUAUGUUGGGCAAUUUAAUAACAGUAAACGGAGAAAGUAAUGGUUAAAGUAAUCUUAAAACACUUAAAUAAGAGAACAAUUUUUAAUAUAGCGUUAUUGAUUGCAAUUGA